AUGACUUCGCCCAAGGCUGACUUUGCUGCAAAUCGGCACUAUUUCCUCUCUCGAAACUUUAUUGGCUCCUUAGCUGCCAUUGGCCUCGCAAGCAUGGCGGCCAUUGGUGGCUUCUCACUCAUAGCGCCUGUGCUGGGCAACAUUGACGCAUCCAUUGGCCCAGAUCAGAGCAUUGUCUGGGUUUCACUGUCAAACAAUCUGACGCAGGCCAUCGGACUGACUAUUGCCGGGCGUCUUUCGGAUAUAUUUGGUCGCUGGUACUUUCAGAUUGGUGGUGCCUUGCUAGCGCUCGUUGGAUGUAUACUAGCCGUGACGGCAGUAAAUGUGCGAAUGCUAAUCGGCGCUAAUGUGCUCAUUGGUAUUGGAUCCGCAACACAGGUGUCGUUUCCCUAUCUAAUUGCGGAACUUGUUCCCGUUAGACAGGGAUCCUUUGCGUCCGCGUACAUUUACGUGCUGUUGGUGCCCAUGUCGGCUCUUGCGCCAAACAUUGCUACGGUCCUCGCCACGCGCACAAGUGUUGGUUGGAGAUGCUGCUAUUACUUGCUCGUUGCUAUCAAUGCGCUGGCAUUGGUAUGCUGGGUUCUCUUUUAUCGCCUGCCUACAUGGGAUGAUUUGGUGGAAAGUGCUGGUAGUGCUUCGACGAAAGCGAAGAAGGCGCAGAUGCUAAAGAAUAUCGAUUAUGGCGGCCUCAUAUUUCUCUCCAGCGGUCUUUUGCUGUUUCUUAUGGGAAUCUCGUGGGGAGGCUCCGUUUACGCGUGGAACUCAGCAGCUGUGCUUUCCACAAUUAUAUUGGGUGCCGUGGCGCUUGUCUGCUUCGUCUUCUAUGAGCGUCGACUAUCCAGAUCCGUGGCUCUGGUUCCGAUGCACUGCUUUCCAAUGGGCCUUGGAUUGCCGUCGGUUGCCGUCCUCUAUGCAGACCAUAGUCUCGAGGUCCAAGGUUGGGUCAAGUGUGUUAUUGGUGCACCGCCUCUAUUUGGUCAAAUUACUGCUAGUAUAUUUGCCACCCGAAUUGGCAAGUUGAAGUACCAGCUUAUCAUUGCUGCUAUCGUGGGCGCCGCGUUUUACGCAGCGAAUGCAAGUGUGACUCCAAACAACGAAAUUCAGGUCAUUAUCUUGCUAUGCAUUGGUGGAUUUGCGCUUGGAUGGGUAGAUGCUGUCUGCCUCGUCGCUCUCUCCAUCACACUUGAAGAUCAGAAAGAAAUAGGAACUGGUGUAAGUGUUGCUAGUUCGUUACGAACAAUCAUCACAACCACCUCGGCUACUAUAUUUACUGCCAUACUCUUUUGGCGCCUAGCGUCGACGAUCCCGGCCAUUGUUCCUCCCGCGUUGGUCGAGGCUGGACUUCCCGCACACUAUGUAGACCAGUGUGUAUACUUGCUUCAGCACAACCAAACGCGACUUGCUGAAGUGGAAGGUGUCUCUGCUAGUGUCAUUGCUACUGGGCUGGAUGCAUUUAAACUGGCUAACUCACAGGCAUAUUCAACAGUGUAUCUCGCAACUAUUGCAUUCAGUGGGGUAGGCAUCAUAUGCAGCUUCAUGACGCCCAGCAUGGAGUCGUAUCUAACCGACGAUGUUGCCAGGAGGCUAAGACAAUGUUUUGCCUAUCGUACAAAUAAUGUCACCUGA